GUGUAACAGCAAACAUCUACAUUAUCUACUUCAAUCUCAUAUUUUAUUAUUGGUAUAUCUAAAAAAAAAAAAAUGAUGAAAGCCCAGAUGUAAAUCAUCAACAUGACUUUACAAAGCCUACACUAAAGGCGGGAUGCUGCAGCACCGCCCACAUGUGUGGCGUCCAUUCGUGCGCCUGCGCAGCACCGCUGAUCCAGAAAGCUGCUCCAUCUGUUAUGAAUAGCGCAAUAUUCAGCAACAUGAUGUGAAGAUCUGUGCUUUUUCAGCCUUUUGCUUUACACUCAAAGCACAGUUUUUUUUAUGAGAGCACAAACAAUGCAUCCACAUGUACGCUGCAAAACUGCUGUUUUCCUUUUUGGAUUAUUGGACACUUAUGUGCGCCUUUUUUUUUGGUUAAGUGAAACCAAAUGCCUAUGGUUUGUUUUGCUGAAGAAGAAGGGAUGCUGCACCCAAAGAGAUGUGAAUAGUUCAGCCACGAGGAUUAUGCAGCCAAUUACUGCUUAGUGCUUUAACGAGAGAGACACUGAUAGCUGAUGGUUGGGUCAUAUUGCAUAUCCAGGUGCGUUAAUGCGCAGACGCUGCUGCGCGCUGUGGAACAACAGAAAGUGUAACUAGGUUUGGUUACUGAUAGAGGAGGAGGAGGAUGGUGGCGGAGAUGGCGAGCUGCGGAGCGGGUUGUCACCUGGAGGACGGAGACGGAGACAUCCCUGCGCUUGAAAACAAAGUCUGAUGAAGGGGAGCGGCCAUGCCAGAGUGAAGAGGGAUGCCUGCUGGCUCAGAUGAGGCAGUAGCAGCAGCAGCAGCACAGAAAGAGAUUGGCCAUAGGAGGCAUUUGAGGACAAGGAGAGAGAAAUGGAGGCGGGAGAGUGCAGAGAGAGAUAACGUUCCAGAAAGUGACAGCAGCAGCUCAGAUAACGCGGGAACAUCCAACGAGGACAGCUCAGAGGAGGACGAUGAAGAGGAGGAUGUGGAUUCUGAAGGCUGUGCUGAGAAGGAAGGAGGAGAGGAAGACAAUGAAGAGGCCGACGCAGAGGAGUCUAAAAAUGAUUCAGUCCCUGGACCUGAAGCAGAGGUUUCAAAUGGGAAAGGCCUGGCAGAUGAGAUGCCCUUCAAACUCUUAUGCUGUGAAAAAUGCAAAGCCAUCCAACAGAGCCAUGGCAAUGAGCUCGUUACCCCCAGGAGGAUCUCUAAGGGACGAUUACAGGUGCAGCUUGAAGAGGGCACAUACCAGUGUUCGGUCACCGGCCUGGUGUUUGAAGCAUCGGAGCGGGUCCUCGUGCGGUACUCAGUCUUGUCCUGGUCCAAGUUCGGUGCGUUCCUCCGGGACUCCUGGAAAUUUGCUGGACCCAUCUUUAACGUGGACACAGUCAAUAAAGAUGCGUCCGUCCUCACGUCCAUCCAGUUCCCUCACUCCGUCUGCCUUGCUGAUCCAGAAAAUGAGAUGACAUUCAGUGUCCUGCACAUAAAGGACAACCGUCCACUCAUCGAGCCGACAGUGGACCACUCCGGUAGCCACGUUAAGUGGAAUGUGACGUCCCUGUCACCCGUGGGUCCCAUCAUUCAGACGAGCCAAUCUGUUGAGCACCACGGGGUAGUCCUGGUCUACAAGCAGCUGGGCAGUGACAACAACAACUACAGCUUCCACGUCUACCUGGCCACCAACAGUGCAUCCGACAUCAAGGAUAUAGGCAAACAGGUGCGGGGCUACAAGAAUCGCUACAUUCGGAUAGAGAAGCCUCCCACGUGUAAACUGGAAGAGGGGACGUAUCGUCUCCUGAGCGAGCCAGAGGGAGACAUCAAACCUCAGGAUUUGAAAUUCACUCUUGCUGUGACCAAGAUGAAAGGCUACUUUGAAGCUUUCUUUGAGCAGCCUCCUCCCUUUAAAUUGUCUCUCAUAGAGAUUAACACAGAGGAGACUGUAUGGUCCGCCACCAUCAGAGAAGGUGACUGUGUGGAUAACACAGAAAAGAAGCCAAGGAAAAGAACGAUCAGUAGACGGAGGAGCAGCAGCAGCCCCUCAGAAGAAGAAACAACCUGUAAAAAGUCUCGAUGGCAGGACGAGUCAGAUGGAGUGAAAACAGGGAUGACUCAGGGCCAGGACAUGUCAGAGAAGCAGCUACUGCAGGUGGCCAAGCGGCUCGGGAAGGAGUGGAAGCAGGUGGCCAUCUAUCUAGACUUGAACUCCAGGGAGCUGGAUGACAUCCAGGCAGCAGAGAAAGAUGUGACCAUGCAGAAGCUGAAGAUGCUGGUGGAGUGGAAGAGCAGAAGGCGGCCGGGAGAGGCCACGGCAUACCACAUGCGGAAAAGUGUGGAGGAACUGGAUGACUUGCCAAAUGAGGUCCAUCAGACACUACAAGACAUGAUGGACAAUCGAGCAGCUAAGUGAAGGAGAUUUGACUUAAAUAGACUAUUGGAUAUCUGUUGCUCCAUCAUCAGGAAGAAAAACAAAUCUCAGGAAUACAAAAAAAGCAAAAGGAUGGAUAUGGAUCAAACAUCAGCUCUUCUACCAGUAUGGGUUUCUCUUUGAAUAUUUUCUGGACAUGAAACUGACUGAUCAUUUUUUUUUUGUAUUGCCGCAUUUAAUGAAAAGGGCCACUGUCUUGACUUUAGAUGGGCAUUUUCCCUAAUUUUAUUCAAAUGUAGUCCUUUGAUUCUGUAAUAAAUACAGACUAGACGAGCUGUACCUAAAGCUUCACUUGUGUAGCCUAAAUUUGGUGCAUAGCAUUACCAGGUUAAAAAAUGACCAGUAGAGGUAGAGGUCGUUGAGGUAUAUAGUAGCUAAUUAUGUAGCCAGUAACACAUGUUGAUGUACAGUAGGUGCUGCAGUGUUGAAACUGCAAAGAAAUGGGAAAAAUCCAACCUGUGUAUCUUGUUUCACUUUGAAAUGUUUGUGGGACUUUUUAUAAAACAAUUAGCAUUACGGAUUGAAGUACUGAGCUAUUUUGUGCCUCAUUUGUUUUUACAUGUUGUGUACAUAUCUUUUUUUUUUACUAUUUCAAACCUGUGAUCUAUUUUUUAUAGUCUGUUUUUAUAUGUCUAUGUCUGUUUGUGUUUUAUGUCAAACUAUUUGGAGUUGCAAGAGGUCCUUAAUUAUGUUUUUUUUUAUUUAACUUGAAUUAUGAAUCCAUUCCUGCCCACCUAUGACUGGAGCGCACAUCUUGUUAAGCAUAAAUGCUGUUGAAUUCAGGGCUGAAUUGAACUUUUCUACCUGUGAGUGCAGCUACAACCUACAUUCAUAUAUUUUUAGAGUCAUCUUUUCAAGGAUUAUUUCAUAGCGGUAGAGCUUACAAAGCAAACUAUACUGUAAGCUGCCUGUGGAAACAUUUCAGUUAAAUUUUCUCAACAUCCCAACAUUAGUCCUAUCAAGCUUUGUUUCUGUUUUACCCAUUUUCAAAUGACACUGUUUCCAGACGUCUCAAAACUAUUUGGGAAAAGCGGCAGGAAUGUUAUCUGGAUUGUUGAAUCUUUUGGAGUCUUCCAUGCCGAUAUGGCCAUGCAGGGAUGUUUACACUCAGUGAACAGGGUUGCUUCCUAAAAAAAAAAACGUACCACCAACAAUCCAGUCCGUCCUUUUUUGCACUUGUUUCUAUCAUGUCUGAGUCCCUCCAAAGAAUUGUGGAAUAAUUGUAACGAAGCAAAUGUUGACUGAAUAAAAGAGAAAAUUUCUUUUUACUUAA